CCACUCGGCUCCUCUGCCCUCCUCCCCAGCUAGCCGCCUCCCCGUGCCCACUCCACCCGUAGUCCGGGCGUCUCCGGUCCGGCGCCUGGAACGUGCCCAGCGGGAGCCGCCUUCUGUAGAAAAGCCCGGGCACAGACCCGGUGCGGGGUCCGGGGUCCCCGAGGCGAUAAGAGGUAUGCGGGGUCGGGCCCGGGCGACCCCAGGCUCUCCACCCGCUUCGCCAGGAUCCUCUCCACCCUUCGGCCGGCAAGUCCUCCCCCAUCCCCGGCUGUGAGACGCCGGGCCCACCCCUCCCUCGACCCCAGCCCCGCCCCUUCUCCUGCGCCGGGGCUGCGCGGCUGGGAACCAUCGAGACGGCCGAGCCUCCGAGCCUCCCAGACCGGCCGGAAUUCCGGGAGAAGAAGAGGGGGCGUGAGUCCGAGGCCCGUUUCCGGUUUUGUCCCGCGUUUCGAGCCUCGGGCGGCGCACGGGGAGGGUCUCACCCAGGACACAUGGAUGCCCACCCGCCGAGCCUCAUGGAGGCUGUGACGUUUGGUGAUGUGGCCGUGCACUUCUCGCGGGAGGAGUGGCAGUGCCUGGACCCUGGCCAGAGAGCCCUCUACAAGGAAGUAAUGCUGGAGAACCACAGCAGUGUGGCUGGACUAGCAGGAUUCCUGGUCUUCAAGCCUGAGCUGAUCUCCCGGUUGGAGCAGGGGCAGGAGCCAUGGGUCCUUGACCUGAAGGGAGUCGAGGGGAGAGAGGUGGCAAGGACCUCCCUUACAGAUUCUGCUGUUGGGAUUGCAAGUGAGCAGGCCUGUGAGGACAUGGAUGUUGUAAAAUCAGAACCCUGUGUGGCCUUGGUCAGAAGUCCCCCACAAGGUUUUCCUCAGAAUUCUGGCUUUAGAGAUACCUCUGAUUCUGAGGUCUGGUCAGAGAGCAAGCCAAGCUCCCUCCUCCAGAAAAACUGCUUGAACACUGGGACUGUGACUCCCAAGAAGACCUUCGCCAAGGAGGGUGCCCAGGGACGUGGCGAGCGGGAGGGCAGUGGCGUACUGGGUUGUCAUCCUGACAGAAGUAAGGGAGGUGGUGCAGAAUGGCCGGCCCGAAGUUGUGACGUGUGUGGCAGGAGUUUCAGAUCUACUUCGGACAUUGCUCUGCCGCAGGAGCUUAAUACACCGAACAAACCUAACAGAUGUCCAGAAUGUAAAAAAAAAUUACCUGAUUGCCUACAGGGGAAAUCUCGAAGUAACUGCCACAGAGAGAAGCCGUACGAAUGUGAAGAAUGUGGGAAAGUCUUCAGGUUGUGCUCACAGCUUAAUCAGCAUCAGAGAAUCCACACUGGAGAGAAGCCAUUCAAAUGCAUUGAGUGUGGAAAAGCCUUUCGUCUGAGCUCAAAACUUAUUCAGCAUCAAAGAAUUCAUACUGGAGAGAAGCCCUACAGGUGUGAGGAGUGUGGAAAGGCCUUUGGUCAGAGCUCCAGCCUCAUCCACCACCAGAGGGUCCACACAGGAGAGAGGCCCUACGGCUGUCGGGAGUGUGGGAAGGCCUUCAGCCAGCAGUCUCAGCUGGUCAGACACCAGAGGACCCACACCGGAGAGAGGCCUUACCAGUGCCAGGAGUGUGGGAAGGCCUUCAGCCAGAGCUCAACCCUGGCUCAGCACCAGCGGAUGCACGCGGGGGAGAAACUUCAACUUCCAAGAAGCCCAGGUAGUCCCAGCCAUGUUCCACAUCAGAGAAUCCAUGCUACAGAGAAACCAUUUAAGUGUGAUGAGUGUGGGAAGGCCUUCAGGUGGGUGUCUCGCCUGAGUCAGCAUCAGCUAACCCACACCGGAGAGAAACCUUACAAAUGCAAUAAGUGUGCAAAAGCCUUUGGUUGUAGCUCACGGCUUAUUCGCCACCAGAGAACUCACACUGGAGAAAAACCGUUUAAGUGUGAUGAGUGUGGGAAAGGCUUUGUCCAGGGCUCACACCUAAUUCAGCACCAGAGAAUUCACACCGGAGAGAAACCCUAUGAAUGUAGUGACUGUGGAAAAGCCUUCAGCCAGAGCUCAAGUCUCAUUUACCAUCAGAGAAUCCAUAAGGGAGAGAAGCCCUACGAGUGCAUCGAAUGUGGAAAAGCUUUCAGUAUGAGCACACAGCUCACGAUACAUCAAAGGGUCCACACUGGGGAGAGACCUUAUAAGUGUACGGAAUGUGGGAAAGCUUUCAGUCAAAACUCAACCCUUUUCCAACACCAGAUAAUUCAUGCAGGAGUGAAGCCCUAUGGCUGUAGUGAGUGUGGGAAAGCCUUCAGCCGGAGUUCCUAUCUUAUCGAGCACCAGAGGAUCCACACCCGUGCCCAGUGGUAUCACGAAUACGGGAAUACCCUGGAAGCUGCUGCCCACGUGAGCCGUAGAAAAGUCAGCACUGUAAAGAAACUGCAUAAAUGUAAUGAAUGUGAGAAAAUAUUCAGGUGGCGCUCACAUCUAAUUAUUCAUCAGAGAAUUCACACUGGAGAGAAACCUUACAAAUGUAACGAAUGUGGCAAAGCUUUUAAUCGGAGCUCACGGCUGACUCAGCAUCAGAAAAUUCACAUGGGAUAGACCACCUGUCUUUAUAAACCUGUAUAAAUGUGAAUAAACCUACAGCCUUAACCUUACGUAUAUUAUAUGGGAUCAUUUAUACUGACAUGAAUUUAGAAUGUGGGGAUAGAUUCUGAAUUGCUCCCGUAAGAAAGAAAAUGUCCAAAUUCAUACAAAGUGGAUAUUUCUUUGCUGGAAUGUGUGACCUUGUCCCACUCAGCAAAGUCUGUGUCCCUCAAGUCAGGGUGCAUGUAUGUAGACUUUCGAGUUCACAGAAGAAAGGCCCCAGGUCCUGUGGAUGAGGAAGAGUCAUGGGAAGAGGCCUGUGAACUCUGCCAGAUGAACAGCUUAGAAGUUGCCCCAAGUGUCUUCCCUUAGCACCAGCUCCUCAGACUGCCUUCAGCAGGAAAGAUGUGUUAGCUUGUGCUGGCAGAAGCCCAGAGGAAGCUGCCUAGAGCUCCUUUCUCCUGCCUUCUUCACCUGACUCCUUUUCUUCCAAGUCAGCCUUCCAAGGCUGCAACCUGGGAAUGCAGCCAGAGGCCCUGGUACCAGCCUCUUCAGACAGGAGCUUGGAUCAGCGCUGCCACUCCAGGAAUAGCACCCGUGCCCAGGGACCUGCUCUGUGACUCGGGUGUCACUGUCCUCCAUGAAAUCCAGAGUCUGUCUGCUUCUCUGAGCAUUGUUAUAGGGUGAUCGUAAGAAUUGGACUGUGUGGGAGAGCUCCCCCCCGCCCCCACCCCACUGAGACCCGAGCCAGCAUCUCCCGAGGAACCCAGUGUGGACCUGGCCUCAGCAGUGCGGAAACAGCUCACAUGAGCCCAGUGGAUGCAUCUGGGGGCCAGGCUGCUUCCUGGACUCCUCAGAACUCCUACUACACAAACUGGCAAAACCGGGAGGGUCUGCAAGCUGCAAGUGAGCCCAUUGCCUUUUCCCAGAGGCUGGUGGAGGUAGAGACAGACUGCUCACCAGCAGAAUGAGGCUAAUCAGUGUUGAUGGUGGCCCUGCCCUCAGCAUCCUGGAUCCACCAACUGUGAUAAAGUUCCAGGGGACCAGAAGUCUUACUCAGACUGGCCGCUACCCACAACCACUCACUCAAGACCUGCCGAUCUUUGGUGUCAUUGCCAGUUAUCGGAAGGGUGAAAUUUGGGCCAGAGACCCUUCCCCCUUGUCCCAAUGGAGAGGCCCAUUUCUCCCACAUACAGAAAGGUAACCCAGAGGGACACAGGUCAGUCACUUCAGGAUUUAUUGCAACACUUGAUUUGGGUCACCAUCACUUGGCAUGGUUAAGCCUGUAGGUAGUUCCCUGAGACACAGCCUCGAUGGCCAUGUGUGGUAUAGCCCAGCAGCAGGUUCUGGAUUUGUAUCAAGUGGAAAACGGGAUGGCUAAUCCCUGUGUUUGCAUUGGGAGAUUCCACAAUUUUCUGGCAUUAGGAACAGUAGAGUUCAGGAUGGUCAAGUCUGUGUGUUUGUGUUUCUAAUAUGUGGAUGGGAUCUCAGCCCUACAACAAGGUCAGCCCAGCCGCUCAGCCAGGCACAACGUGUGAUGUGUUCUCGGACCGCAGUGCUGGUUCUAGGGAUGCAGAUUGUCCCCCUGGCCCGUACCUGCACUCCCAGGUGCCAGGAUGCCGUGAAAUCAUUGUGCCCAUUUCAGUAGCUGUAACUACCUCUCUAGCUGCACCUACUCCACCCAGAAGUGUGUCCAAAAGGGUCAGUGCAAGAGGUUUUGUGGGCCCACCCUUAGGAAGGCAGUUUGGUCACUGAAUGUGCCACUCCCAGAAAGGAAUCCUGUCUCUGCCACUUCUCGGUAACGGUGGGACAGAGGGGUGGGAAGUGACAUGAACUCUUCCAGAUUCCAGCCUGAGCUUGGUGCUUUCUGUCCUGUAACAGCAACCAGCCGGGAAGGGCCAGAAGAUGGAACCUAAAUCUUCAGCACGUGGAUUCUCUCUUUGGAUUGACAUGGUUCUGGAUCAGGGGCUGGUAAAUUAUAGCCUGUGGGCUAAAUGCUGUUUGCUCCCUGAGUUGAUGCAGCCUGUGAAGAUCCGCACUAGGCCAUUCGACUGGGUGGCUCUCAUGCCUUGGUAACUACACAAGCAGACUAAAAUCUAAGCCGGAGUCCAUUCCUGUAAAUGCACUCCUGUCUGAGAAAAUGAAGCUUUCCCAGAAAAUGAAACACCUAAUCACAGUCAGUCAGCUGAACCUUCCCGAAUAAGGCAACUGCUUAAGCCAUAACCAGUCCGUUUCCCAGUUUUGCUCCUGCGUCUUCUCUGUAAACCCCUCCCCUUAUGUCCGACCGGCACAGCGCCCCCGGUGUUUCAGCGUGGUCCUGCCUCGCUCCAGGCCGUGUUUGCGCAAAUAAACUCUUUAAAAAUUU